GUUGCAUAGAGCACAUUUGUAUGGCCCCAGCCGAAGCAUGCCGUCUGUGUCUGUUUGUAAAUUAACUUUGACCCCAGGAAAUUAACUGUGACCUUUAACACCCCUGUACUGUGUUUGUCUCAUUGUUUCGCGUGAUGCAACAAAUCUGAUCAAUAUCACAACAUACACGUGACUGCUGUUGCCUUAUAUUUAAGAUUACUGGCUAGUCCUAGUCAUAUCUGUUACGUCUGUAAGGUGAUCCUGUUGCAGGAUAUUUGUUUGCAGAAAAUAGAACAAUGUCAGGGCAAGGAGCAAGAACAAGCUAUACAUACGAAGACAUAAAGAAGAUCGCUGAUUACAUCUUGGCGAAAGUGACAUGUCGGCCCGUCAUUGGAAUCAUCUGUGGCUCUGGGCUGGGUGGGCUGGCCCAUGAUGUACAGGACCAACAGGUUUUACCAUACACCGAGAUCGAGGGAUUCCCCAAGAGCACAGUUCCUGGUCAUGAAGGGAACCUUGUCUUUGGUACGCUGGGCAACAAGCCCGUGGUUCUCAUGCAAGGGAGGUUUCACUGCUAUGAAGGAUACAGUGCACAAACGACAACUCUGCCAGUCCGAGUCAUGUACCUGAUUGGAGUUAAGGCGCUUUUCGUGACCAACGCUGCAGGGGGCAUCAACCCCAACUUCAACGUUGGGGACAUCAUGAUCAUUAAAGAUCACCUCAACCUGCCUGGGUUUUCAGGGCUUAACCCCCUUGUCGGACCUAACGACGAGAG